AAAGUACUUUGGGUCUUAACUCUUUCUAACACACAAACUCACAUAGAAUUCAAGAAAGAGAGAACGAGGGAGAGAUGGGUGAGGAUAUGCGAGGAGUGAAAGUAGUCUCAAAAUGGCCACCGAUGAUAGUUAUGGUGACAUCACAAGUAGCGAUGGGUUCGGUGAAUGCACUUGUGAAGAAAGCUCUUGAUGUUGGUGUGAACCAUAUGAUCAUUGGUGCUUAUCGAAUGGCUAUUUCCUCUUUCAUUCUGGUUCCUAUCGCCUAUUUUUUGGAAAGGAAAAUAAUACCGAAAAUAACGUUUAGGCUAAUGGUCGAUCAUUUCAUCAGUGGUUUGCUCGGGUUUGUCUUCUCACAAUUUCUUAUGUUCUUUUGUCGUCCAUUUUCCAUUUUCCUUUUCCAUUAUACAUUGAUUGUUUCCACAGAAGAAAGAUUUUCUUUCAAGUGAGCAUAAAAUCUUCAUAAGCUAGCUAAAUUGUUUUUAAUCUUAGCUUAGUUUUGGGUUUAAAUUUGCAGGGCGAGUUUGAUGCAAUUUUUCUAUUUGCUUGGUCUGUCCUACACGUCAGCAACUGUUGCGUGUGCUUUGGUAAGCUUGAUGCCUGCAAUCACCUUUGCUUUCGCUCUUAUUUUGAGAACUGAGAAGAUAAAAGAUCUAAAGACCCAAGCAGGAAUGAUAAAAGUGAUGGGAACUCUAAUAUGUAUAAGUGGAGCUUUGUUCUUAACAUUUUACAAAGGCCCUCAUAUAUCAAACUCUCACUCUCACCUAGAGGCUCUUCCUCACAACAACAGCGAUCACAACACCAAGAAUUGGCUUCUUGGAUGUCUCUACUUAGUCAUAGGAAUCGUGUUGCUAUCUCUAUGGAUAUUGUUUCAAGGGACUUUAAGCAUCAAGUAUCCUUGCAAAUUCUCAAGCACUUGUCUCAUGUCAAUUUUCGCAGCUUUUCAAUGUGCUCUAUUGAGUCUUUACAAGAGUAGAGACCUUAAACAUUGGAUCAUCGACGAUGGAUUUGUGAUUGGUGUCAUAAUAUAUGCUGGAGUGAUAGGACAAGCAAUGUCGACUGUAGCAGCGACAUGGGGAAUAAACAGAUUAGGAGCUGUUUUCGCAUCAGCAAUUAUGCCAGUUUCUCUCAUAUCGGCUACUCUAUUCGAUUUCCUUAUCUUACACACUCCUUUAUACCUCGGAAGUGUGAUUGGAUCAGUAGGGACAAUAAUAGGUCUCUACGUGUUCUUGUGGGGUAAGAACAAAGAAACGGAAGCAGACAUAACUACAUUGUCUUCUCGGAUGAACAACGAAGAUCAACGAGUCUAGGUCGCCCAUUUAAUCAAAUAAUAUUGUUGUCAUAGAAAGAUUCAUAUGGCUUCAUUGUCGUAAAUUAGUAUUUACUACUGAAUACAUUUACCGUAAAGACCAGUCAUAAAUAUUUAGAUUUAAAUUGUGCAAGCACACUCACGUUAAAGACCAGUCAUAAA